ACGGUUAUUGACCGUUAAGGAAAAUAUUCGCUUGUUGUUUGCUAAUGUUUUACUAUAGGUUAGGUCCGCAAGACGCUUUCAUAUUUAGGGCAAAAUGGCGCGAGGGAAGAUGUGCUUGCAGUCUAUUCAGACUCCCAAUGCGACUUUUUGAGGUGCACUACGGUACAGCAGACUGAGGGGUGUAUACAUCCACGACGUGUUUCAGGCGAGAAAGGGGUGACUGUUCGUUUCUAAGCAGUUGUUCUGGGGGGACUUCUGCAUGUUUAACACUAUUUUGGGAGGUGGGAAGAGGAAGAAUGAAAGAGGUCUUCCAACGGAGCGGUCGUAAACAUGAACGGUGCCCUGUACAUUUCGUUUUUCCAAGGUCAGCUGGAGUCCGCACUGGAGCAGGUAGUGCAGCUCGCCGUUCAGGAAAUCACCAAGACUGUUGGGGCCACUUUGAAUUCAAUGCUAUUGGAAACGGCCACCAAAGAGCAGGAAAAUCAGCGUUUGAGGGCGACCCUGCAGUCUCGGGAGCAAGCAUACGGCGGUAACGGGAAAAGCAAUGCGGCUAAAGGGAAAACAAACACGAAUGAUGGAACAAAGCAACACACCCCCAGUCGGAGCCCUGAAUGUGGCGUUCAGUCUGAGACGCUCAGGCGUGAACAGAAAGAGCGAGCAGUUGGUCAGUUGAAAUCCGUCAUGGAGCACGUGCUGGAAUUCGCAGUUCGUGAGCUGACCAAAAUUGUGGAGGACAGUUUCGACGACCUGCUCUUGGAGUUCACCAAGAAAGAGCGGGAAAACCACACCUUGAAAGAACAGCUACAGGACAAGAAAGUAGUGGAGGACAAUAAGGCUGUUACUGUGGAAACGGAAGAUCAGGAUAAUGACUCUGCUUCUCCGAGCAGUUCCAAAGUGGAAAAGCAAGAGUCGAAAAGCCUCCAGGACCAAUCGCCCAAAAAAGAGUGGGAAAAGGAGCAGACUGAAUCCACCAACGAACCAGACAAGCAAACGGUCAUUGCAGUGGCUCAGGACUGGGUGCCUAUCCUAGAUAAAGUCUUUGGGCAGAAGUGGUGCAGUGACCUCUGGCAAAUCAAAGAGGUCACCACUAGUAAGGAGCAGCACACCGGCCUGAGCUCGGGCCCCAUGACUGACAUGGACAGUCUUAUUCGGGAGACGCUCAUGCCAUCUUGCCUGGCCACUCAAAGGAGGCUGGAGCUUGAGGUGGGGCAGCCGCCUUGGUUGCAGGCAGACGAUAUGGAGGUUCUGUCUUUAUCCUCUGAAGCCCAAGGCGUUCCUGUCGUCAGCUCCACAGAAUUUCUUCAGAGACAGAACAUCAAGAAAGGAGACAUUUACGGAUUUGUGCCGAAUGGUAGCAUCGGUGACCCAACAAUAGCAAUCCAUGGUGAUGACUCUCAAAUCAGAUCCCCUUCAAUGUUGCAAAGACUCCUGACACUCCCUUCCCAGUUGCUUGAGGAUGACGAUGAGUCAAUGGAUGCUGCUCCAAGUGUAGAAGCGUCCACGGAACCAGCCGAUUCACAAAGCAGCAAAGGCCCAAAGAGUAACCAGAAGAGAAAGGAAGAAGAGAAUGAAGAUGAGGAGGACGACGAAGAUGACGACGAGGCCACGAACAGAUGCGAGUCCUCGAAACACAAAGGUAGGAGGAAAUCCCAUGCUUGCAAAGAGUGCGGGCGAAAGUUCAGUCGAGCACAUCUUCUCAGAGCUCACCGGCAAACACAUGAGGAGACGCCUAACCAGUGCCCACAAUGCGGAAAGAGCUUCUCCCAGUCAUCGAGACUCCAGGCUCACUUACGAACGCACACGGACAAAAUCAUGUAAUCGGGGAAUUUAGGAAAUGAAUUGAAAAAGGGAAUGUUUGUUGUAAUUUGGUCGAGACGGUAAAUUUCAUUUCAAGUUCUGCUAAAGAAAAUGCAAAGCUUGUAGCCUUUUUUUGUUAGUUUGAAGGUACUCUGAGGAUCUUCAGAUGCUUUUUACCUUCAUUUCAGUUCCCUAAUUUUAGGGAUUCAAAUAUCAACUGAAGAAACAACAAAUGUCAGUAACGACAAGCUGUGUACGCAUUGUAAAUAUCAAAGUAGGGCUGUACAGAUCAUCAGAAUAAGAAUCGAAGACUUUUUUUCAUUAAGUGUGAUUUUUCUUUUUCGUAACACAAGGUUUCAAAGACCUGUGUAAAUAUUUCAAACAUAAUAUGAAGCUGUUGUGUAACAGAAGAGGAGCGCAGUUGUUACGUCUCUUGUAGCAUGCUGGUGUUGUUUUUUCGUUUAACAAAGUUUUGAAUGUGAUCGAACAAACCAGAGUUAGUGUAACGCGUCUCCUGCGAUCAAAUCGACCAUCUUUUUUGACUUUGAACUCAACAUGAAAUACCUCUUACGUUUUGAUGUCAUACUGGAUUUUUUGGAUAUUUUUCAUCAACCUGUCACAAUGGAUGGAAGAUGGCGUACAGAUUUUUAAAAUGCACAAUAGUCAACAUUGCAUGACGUGCACAACCAAGGAGCAGUUUGCAAGCAGGAUGAAGAGAAAAGUUCAUUUGAAAGAGACUUCAAGUUCCUAAUCCUUCACCAUAUUCACAAAGAGGAUCUGACUUUUCUGGUAUCCUCGACUAGAGUAGCGUCUUCCUGUACUGAUUACGUGUAGUGUUUGCUCUACAUCUUGAACUUGGAGUAAUGCUCAGUUGUUGAUAUGUUGUUUUUUUCCAGUGUCAAUGGCAUAUAUCUGAAUAUGGAGUCUUCCAUAUGGAAGUAGUUACCAUUUCUAAAAUGGCGGAUGGUCCCUAUAUGUACACCUUAUAUCGACGGGAACGGUAACAGCGGAUUCCCACUUGUUAUGCACAUUCCCGAUCUCGACCCUGAAGUUUUUACAAUAUCCCUGCCAGUAAUAAGCAUGAUGGGGAAAAAGUACAAGAUGUUGCUCUCACUUUUUGGAUCAAUACCUCAUCGGUGGGAUCAUAUCUUUUGGGACUUCUGCAAUAUUAGAAGUUAAGAUCCGAAUCAAAAAAGUUUACAAAAUGGAACGGGACCGGCUUUUGGCCUACACAUUAUUUGACUGUGCAUUUAAAAAUGUGGCUUAUUUUUUUUUUCGUUUUAUGCUAUCUUUUGUCCCCAUAGGAAGGUACCAAGAACUUGCAACCCAAAGAUUACAAUGAAGGGAAACCUUUUUUCGACCACAUGUACUUUUUUAUUAUUAUUAUUAUUACUAUUAUGGGCCAUUACAUGUUACAUCAUGACUCUUAAGCUUUUUUUGUACUGAGUAUCUUCAUUAGUAGAUUAUAAUGAAGUAUGUCAUCUUUUGCUAGUGCCUAGAUUUAACCGUUCUAUAAGCCGAUUAGCUCAUAGUUUAGCACCCUACCUUUUGUUUGGAUACUAAUUACUUUAUACUUGUGCUUAGUGCUCAGUUCUAGAUUUUCUUUAACUGCGUAGUCAGUGAUGAUUUCCUUGUAAUUACAAAUGUUAAUAAAAAAAAUAAAAAAAACGUAUAGAUGAGCAUAGAAACGACAGCCAAAAAAAUUUAACAAAUGUUUUCUUUCGUGGCCAGAAUGACAUUGAGUAAAUGACAACUGGUUAGAUUAGUAAAGUCUAAAUUACUCUAGAGUUGUUGGAACUCAACAGGGACUGGUUAUAUUAGUUAAGCCCAAAGUAUUCUUCUGUUUUUUUACGCGUACGUGAGGUAGAUUUAUAAAUCCCAAUAGCUGUGUUUUCAUUGUUACUCCUCAAAUUGCAUUAAAACUUGGACGACACUUCAUCUUUUAACCAUAAUAACUGUAAUAAUAAUAACGGCUAGUUCUGUAGCUUUGAAAUACAUAAAAAAAAAUCCAUCAUUAUGACUUAAGACGAGAGAAAAUAAACUAAAAUGUUUUAGUUUUGUGUAAAUAUGGUAUAUGCACACAGACUUUUAAUUUCAACCUGCCAGCCUCAGGGCUUCUGGUCAACUGCCAUUCCAUUAUACAAUUGCCAUGUUUAAGGUUUGAUUUCUUUAAAAGUCAUUGAUCUUCACUGCCUGAUAGAUAUAUGAUAUAAAGUGGGCCUCAGACUGGACAAGAAACACUGCAUUAAAAUCCAUCUCCCCCUGGCAUGUCUUUAAAAUAUUUUACCCCAAUAUUUUCAAGAGUUUCUGCUCUCGUCUGCUGAUUUUGAUUAGUCUCUUUCUUCUCGUUUUACACUUGAACAACUAAAUGAAUGCUUAAGUCUAUUAAACUGAAUGUAUUGUAAUUAUA